AUUUCGCGCAUGCGCAGUUAGUUCCUCCGUCUUAAUUUUAUUUACUCUUCUCCAAAAAUCCAAGAUGGCUGUUGUGAGUGAAGAAGCUUCCCUCAGUGCAGUUAGUCACCGAACAUGAGCACGUUACCGCGUCGCCAGCCUGGAGGAGUGGGGCAUUGUUUAUGAACAGAAUCUUUAUCAGACUAUCUGCUUGUGUUUAGAGAAGUUAGUGUGUGUGUGUGUGAGUGUGUGUGUGUGUGUGUGUGUGUGUGUGUGUGUGAGAGGUGAAGUGACUCUGCUCCAAAUGGCCGAACACAGAAAAGUCCCCUUUGUCACUCUCUCGGCCUUCAGCAGCACCACCGCCACCGCCGCCCCUUCUGCGGGGUCUGAGGCCAGGAAACGGCGUGUGGACGCGGACGCGGAGCCGCGCGUGAGUCGGGAGACGGGACUCGGAGCUCCUGAGGCGCCUCAUUCGGGUAAAGCGCAAAGACACACAGUGCGGAUUAACAUCAACCUGCCGGAGAGCAACGAGCUGAGCUUCCCUGAGUACAGCUACAGUGAACUGCUCCAGACAAGGAAAAGUUCUCCCGCUGUCAAGCAAACUCACGGCCCGUACGACGACGAGCAACGACAGAAACAGGAAGCGGAAGCGCUGGCCAGAAAGUUUGAGGACAAAUAUGGUUCAGGAUGCAGGACGAAGCAUAAGGAUCGGGUUCAGGAUCUGAUUGAUAUCGGGUUUGGUUACGACGAGAACGACUCGUUCAUCGACAACUCUGAGGCCUACGACGAACUGGUUCCUGCGUCUCUCACCACUAAACUGGGAGGUUUUUACAUCAACACCGGGACGCUGCAGUUCCGUAACACCUCUGAGACUGAGAGUGACGAUGGAGAGAGAACAGCAGACACCAGCAAGGGUGAUGAAGAGUCUGAGGUGAAGAAGAGGAAGAGGAGAGAUGAAGCAGAGCUGGAGGACGAGGAGAAGAAGAAGAUGAAGAAUAACCGGCUGACAAAAUCAGGCGCCGCCUGUCGUCUGGAGAAGAAGAGCAAGAAGCUGAUGCUGGCGUCGAUGCUAAAACGCUUCGUAUCCGAGAAGAAAGAAAUGAGCAAACUAAACCUGACUCACAACACACAGCUCCUCCAUGGUGACUUCUUGCUCAGUGACCUGACCUCUGACCCUGCAACGAUGUCACUUCUCACCUCAGCCAAUGAGAGCGAGCUGCAGGAUCUGCUGAAUGACCUGGACUUCAGCAGUCUGGACUCUGCACCUCAGAUGAACAAUGGGCUGAUGUGCACAGGAGCGAGUCUGAGGACAGCGGAUGGGGCUUGUGUGAACCCAGAGGCAGAGAUUGUUUGUCCUCCUCCUCCUCCUCUCCCUAAAGGUCUCCCCGCCCCACUGGUCAAACGCAUCGAGGACCUGCGAGCAGCAUCCAGACAGUUUGAUGAGGAGGGCAGAAAGAAGUUCUUCACCUUGGACAUGAAUAAUAUUUUGUUAGAUAUUGAGCUGCAGGUACAGCAACAGUCUCCCUCCGUUCGCUCUGCUGUGUAUUCUCACCUUGAGGCUUUUGUUCCAUGCAACAAGGAGGCUUUACUGAAACGUCUGAAGAAACUCAGCCUCAACAUCCAGGAUGAUCGUCUUCGCACUCCUCUGUUGAAGCUGAAGUUAGCUGUGUGUAGUGUGAUGCCUGAACAAACAGCCAGAUACAACAUGGACUGUAUGGCUAAAGUAGCAGCAAAGCAGCAGAUGGAGGAUGGAGAGAGAAAUGUCUCAGAAGAUGAAGAGGAGGAGAAACCCGGGAAACGUGUGAUGGGGCCAAGAAAGAAGUUCAUCUGGGACGACAAACUGAGGACUCUGCUGUGUAACCUGGUACGGGUGAAGUUGAGGUGUUAUGAGCAGGAGAAGAGUUCUCUCUCUGUAGAAGAUUAUCUCAAAGUCUUCAUGGAGAACGAGGUCAAACCGCUGUGGCCCAAAGGCUGGAUGCAGGCCAGGAUGCUGUUUAAGGAAAGCCGUACUGUGCAUGGUCACCUUACAGACCUGGUGAAGAAGAGGAUAUUUUCCACCCCCAAACCUGUAAAGGAGAUGGGAUUUGACCCAGUACCAUGUGUAAGCCCCGCCCCUUUCUCACACCUGCCCUCAGAGACGAUCUGUUUGUCUGAUUCACUGGAUGAAGAUCUGGCCACAAACUCUCUGGAAUCCAUCGCUCAGGCUCUGACUCUACUCAAUGGUAUAAACCCAAACUCCGCCCCCAGCACCUCUUCCACCCCUCCAGUUGUAGCAAAGCCCCACCCACACACAGCGAGCCCCACCCCUUCUUCACAGUCUUCCAUGCCAAAAGAUGUCUCUUCAGUGCAAAGACAGACAGUGACACCUGCUAGUAAACCCAGCAACACUAGUACCACCACACCUGCUGCUAAGCCCCGCCCACCUCCUACAACCACACCUCUCCAGAAGCCAUUUGGCACAGUAGGGAUAAAGUCGGGUGGAGCCACACCUCCCACGGCUCAGAUUAAAAACCCUUCGAAAAAAUUGUGUGUUGACGGCGGUGCACAAAAGCCAAGUUUGAACUCUUUAAACCCUAAAAGCUUUCAUCAAGUGACCACGCCCUCUUCACCAUUGCCCUUCAUCCAGAAGAAGGCCACGCCCACUGGACACCACCAGCAGAGGUUUAUAACUCCCAUGCAAGCCACAAUCACAAAGUCUUCCCAAAGUAGCAACUCUCCAAUAAUCAAACUCACACACCGCCCUCCUGCUCAGACCACACCUUCUGGCUCCACCCACCGCCCUCCUGCUCAGACCACACCUUCUGGCUCCACCCACCGCCCCCCUGCUCAGACAACGCCUUCUGGCUCCACCCACUGCCCCCCUGCUCAGACCACACCUUCUGGCUCCACCCACCGUCUUCCUGCUCAACCCAUGCUCUCAGUCUCCGCCCACCGCCCUCCUGUUCAGUCCCCUGCCCAUCAGCCCCCUACUCUCACAGUACCUCCUGGCUCCACCCACCGCUCUUCUGUUUCUACUCCCUCCCCUCCUACCACUGUCCACCACCCUUCUAUUACCACUCCCACUUCUGGUCACAUUAAUCGCCCUUCUGCCUCGAAUUCACAGAAUAUUGGCCCCGCCCAUCAUGCCCCUGCUUCAAAACCUCCUGCUUCUAGCUCCACCCAUCGCUCAUUGGUUUCAACUCCACCCUCUCCGAGCUCACAUCGCACGUCAGUUCAAACUCCUCCGAGUUCCGCCUACCGCCCGUCCGUUCCCACUCCACCUCCUAACCUCACUCACCGUUCCCCAGUGACCACUCCUCCAUCUGUUUCGUCCCCUGCUCCCUCCUCUUGUCCACCUGUCCUGACUCCACCUACACAGUACAACCCGAAGAGUUCAGGAUUCAAACCACCUUUCAGCCACGCCCCUGUAGCCACGCCCCACACUUCUAGCUUCCAAGGCUGUAACCUCACUUCCACAUCGGUUGCGACCAAUCACGGACAAAGGCAGAGAUCAGUGGGAGGGGCUAAUCAGAGCAACAUGUCAGCCAAUUGUGCCUCGUCCAUGGGACUGCCGUCUCUGUCUGACUCCGCCCUCUUAAAUCAGGUGUCGUCUGUGCCGUUAGGUUUGGGGAUGUUCGGGGGUCUCGUACCCGUCUCACUGCCCUUUCAGUUCCCUCUGCUCAACUUUGCCCCGGCUGGUGCAGCCACACACCCCCCCAGCUCAGGAUACACCCUGUCACCCAACCUGUUUAAGAGUUUGCAGUCAGGUGUUCAGGCGCUUCCUCCUCACCUGCAGCUUGCUUUCUCAGAGUCGAACCAAAGUCAGGGAGGAGACGUGAAGAGGAAAUGAGACGAGACAUGAAUGUAACCACAAACCCCCCCCCACUACAGAGCUGUUAUUAAAACUAUACUUUCUAUUAUUAUUAUUAUUAUUAAUUUUAUGAUGAUUCUGACUGUAGACGAUAUGGAACUGUGGUUUUGCUUCCGUUGUUUGUGAAGCUUCUGGACCUAACCGACUGAAACGACACAAUCCUCCAGUACAAGACUUUCGAACCCUUCAGACCCUUCAGGCACCAAAAGAACAAUACAAACGCACGUCAGUGUAAAAUAGUGACUCAGACGGGCGGAGUUUCAGCUGUUGGUGUCGACACCUGAGAUGUUAGGACUGACCUCCUGUGUGGAUUGUGGGAAUCGUUUACAAAUGAAUUUGAUAAAAAUACAAAAAAAAAAAAAAAAUUUUUAAAUUGCAAACUGAUAAAAAUGUAGCAAAGCUUUUCUGCUAAAAUCUCAGUAACUACUGAACCUUUAAUGUAAUAACAAGCCUUUAAAGCGUCGCUCUGAUUGUAGAAUCAUUUAUUCACUGACAUUCUAUCGCUUAGCUCUUCACACCACUAGGGGCGUAAACUUUAUUUACUUUUAACACUGAUUACAUGCGUUUAGUUUUUUUUUGUUUCUCAGCAACACUAAUUUUGUAUAAUUGUGCAGGUCAUGUGACCAGGCGUGGGGUCUGAAGGGGGUUUUGGAGCUAAAGGUGGAGCGAACGUCGUAAUUUCUGAUUUUGUCACUAUGUUUACAUACGACCUUAAUCACUGUGGAAGGAAGUGACAUAAGUUAUAUUUGUUUGUACUGCUGGUGGUGUGUGUGUGUGUGUGUGUGUGUGUGAGAGAGAGAGAGAGAGAGAGAGAGACAUUUCUACACUCGCUCUUUUUAUCCUGCAGAAUAAUGAAAGCAACUCGAUGUUUUUGCUGUUUAGUGUUUUAAGUGCUUCAGUUAUUUAUGAGCUUUAACUCGGCAACAUUUCAGCCUCAUUUGUGAUUUAAUACAAAAGUUUAUAGAAAGAAAUAUAAACAUCUCGAGAGUGUGUGUGUGUGUGUGUGUGUGUGUGUGGCUGUAACAUCCCCUCAGUUGCUCAGUUUCAGUGCUGUAGACUCACACUGGACCUUGGUAUGAAACUUGAAUUUGCUUUUAUUUUUAUUUUAGAGAGUGUGUGUGUGUGCGUGUGUGUGUGUGUGCGUGUGUGUGUGUGUGCGUGCACGUAGAUG